AUGAAAAGAAGAGUCAACGAGACAGAGGUAAUUACGCUAACGCAGGAGUGCAAUGCGUUAGUAAGCAACAAUCUACGCAAGAAACAGAAGGACCCUGGGAGCUUCACAGUCCCAUGCUCGAUAGGAGGGUUGGAUGUGGGACAUGCGUUAUGCGAUUUGGGAGCAAGCAUUAAUCUCAUGCCACUCUUAAUGUUUAAGAAAUUGGGAAUUGGCGAAGCACAACCCACUUCUGUUACUCUUCAACUCCCUGACAGAACAAUCAAGUACCUUGAAGGAAAGAUUGAAGACAUUCUUGUAAAAGUUGACAACUUCAUUUUCCCAGCAGAUCUUAUUAUCUUAGACUAUGAAGCGGACAGGGAUGUACCAAUUAUCCUUGGACACCCCUUCUUAGCCACUGGGAAAGUUUUAAUAGACGUGCAUAAAGGAGAAUUGACUAUGCGCGUGGAUAAUCAAGAGGUGAAGUUUAAUGUGUUAAACGCAUUAAAAUUCCUGGAUAAUGAAGAUUGUCAACUGAACAGUAUAGAGUUGCCUGAAAAAGAGACCCAAGUCUGA